CAUGUCAAAUGGUUAUAAACCUGCCCCUCUUGAUCUUUCUGAAGUGAAAUUGUUACCUUCUCAAGAAUUUCUAGUUGACAAACUAGCAGAAAAUGCACAUAAUGUCUGGGCAAAAGACAGAAUAAAGCAAGGAUGGACCUAUGGCAUUCAGCAGGAUCUUAAGAACAAACGUAAUCCUCGGCUAGUGCCAUAUGCAUUACUAGAUGAACGUACUAAAAAAUCAAACAGAGAUAGCCUCCGUGAAGCUGUUAGGACAUUUGCAGGCUAUGGUUAUAAUGUUGAGCCACCUGACCAAGAAAUAGCUGACCAAACAUUGGAAAAAGUCAGCAUUGACAAGAUACGUUUUUUCAGAGUAGAACAGUCUUAUGCAGUGAAGUCUGGAAAGUGGUAUUUUGAAUUUGAAGCUGUAACAGGUGGAGAUAUGCGUGUUGGCUGGGCCAGGCCAGGCUGUCGACCUGACAUUGAACUGGGAGCUGAUGACCAAGCAUUUGUUUUUGAAGGAAGCAAAGUCAGUGCAUUCUCACCCUUUUAUUAUUUUUAGCUAUUAACAGCCUGAGCAGAAAAUGGCAACAUAGGUUUCCUCUGCAUACUCCAACUACUGGAAUAUUUUUCAUUCUUAAAUGAUACCUCAGGCCUCUGUUUUAUAGUAUCUGCAUUUUGGUUCAGGUCAUUGUAAUUAUGCUAACAAUAGUAUGUUGUUUUAUGUCUAUCUUCUGAGGAUAUAUCACCUAAGUAAGGAAGUCUGUUGUAAGCAUAAACAUAAUUCACCAUUCAUUUCCUUUUUAAAGUGGUAAUUCACAAAACCAAAACUAAGUUUCUUCUUAGACUGGACCACAGUUGUAUUUUCUCUUUUAUGUCAUUUCUACUUUUUGUACUAGCUUUCUUAAAGUGCCUGAAAGAUGAUAAUGACAUUGCACUAAUGACUCAUGCAGUGCCAAUGAACACUGAUUUUUAUCCAGAUUCCAAA